AUAUACGUCAUGUGUCAAAAUUUUCUAACAAAAUUCUGAUACUUUUUGUAAUAAAACUAUAAUUUAUCACCCAUUUUCCAAACUAAUGAGUCACAGCCUUGUCAAAAAUGCAAACUUGUUAGCGUACACGAGCUCGUGCGACGUUAGAGAUGAUAUAACCCGUCGUGUCCUUUAGCUGCGGUGCGCUGUUUGGUCUAAGAUGCCGCGAGGAAGCUGAUAUGUGGCAGUUAGCUCGUGCUAGCGUUUAGCUCUAGUAAUUUCUCGGGCUGCUUGGCGUGUAUUGAUUCAGUCAGGUAAUGACAGUGACAGGUGGCGAUUACUGAAAGCCUGAACCAGCCAACCAGAAAGUCCAGCCAGUGUUUACCUGUUUCUCAGGUAGGGUGUGAACAGGGGGCAGGGCCACCCACGAGGUAGGAGGGAUGCCUGUGGAGGGCGGAAGCAGCAGCGGCUCUGCUUCAGCUGCCCGUCACCCCAAGCAGAAGCGCAAGGCUCACAGUUUGUCUAUCAGGCGCACCAACAGCACAGAGGAGAGGCCGGGAGGCAUCCAAAGAGGAGACAUGCUGGAUGGACAGGACUCCAAGCUGCCUCUCGCUUUGCGGAGCAAUCUUCUUGACCUGUUUGGUCAGAUUGAACGGGAGUUUGAGAAUCUCUACAUAGAAAACCUUGAAUUACGUCGGGAAAUUGAAUCACUGAAUGAGCGGCUGACUGGAGAUGGACAGGCUGUUGAGGGAGGAGACCCCACCAAGGGAGCCUUGAAAACAAAAGCCAGCCACAGCACCAGUCAACUGUCACAGAAGCUGAAGACGACCUACAAAGCCUCUACCAGCAAGAUCGUGUCCAGUUUCAAAGCCACCACCGGCUCCCGGGCUUUGUGCCAGCUGCUCAAGGAGUAUGUGGGCCAUCGCGAUGGGAUCUGGGACCUCAGUGUCACCCGAACUCAGCCAGUGGUGCUGGGCACUGCCUCUGCAGACCACUCAGCGUUGCUGUGGAGUAUAGAGACGGGCAAAUGUCUGCUGAGGUAUGCUGGCCAUGCAGGAUCAGUCAACUCCAUCAAAUUCCACCCCACAGAGCAGAUGGCACUCACAGCCUCUGGGGACCAGACGGCUCACAUCUGGCGGUACAUGGUGCAGCUUCCAGCCCCACAGCCACCACCAGAUGUCAGUGCUCCGUGCGAUGAAGACCAGGAUUCUUCGGACAGAGAGGAAGGCGAGGUGGAUGGCGAGGGCCCUUGUGAAGUGCCCACGGUCCGGGUUGCUACUGCAACACUCAAGAGCCACCAGGGCGUCGUAAUAGCAGCUGAUUGGUUAGUGGGAGGCCGACAAGUGGUGACAGCUUCCUGGGAUCGUGCUGCCAACCUGUACGAGGUUGAGACUUCUGAACUGGUUCACACGUGUUCAGGCCAUGACCAGGAGCUGACUCACUGCUGUACCCACCCAACCCAGCGACUGGUGGUCACUUCAUCCAGAGACACCACCUUCAGACUGUGGGACUUCAGAGACCCAUCCAUCCACUCUGUCAACGUCUUCCAGGGACACACUGACACGGUGACGUCUGCGGUGUUCACAGUGGGUGACAAUGUGGUUUCAGGAAGUGAUGACCGUACUGUCAAGGUGUGGGAUCUGAAGAACAUGAGGUCGCCUAUAGCAACCAUCCGCACUGACUCAGCUGUGAACAGGAUCAGCGUCUCUGCCAACCAGAAGAUCAUUGCUCUGCCACACGACAAUCGACAAGUACGCCUGUUUGACAUGAGCGGGGUGAGGCUGGCCAGACUUCCACGCAGCAACAGAAUGGGUCACAGGCGAAUGGUGUGCUGCACGGCGUGGAAUGAAGAAAACCAGUCGUGCAACCUGUUCACGUGCGGCUUCGACCGGCAGGCUAUCGGCUGGAACAUCAACAUCCCCGCCCUGCUGCAGGAGAAGUGAUCAGAGUCCCUCCGUGUAUAGACGGCGCAGCACACGUCUGCACUGUAACCCGUGGCCUCGCACACGCGUGUUUCCUCUGUCGAGCAGUUUGGUUGUCGUGUGCUUCGCAGCUUUCCAGCAGUGAGCUACAAGUUCAGACAAUAAUUGCUCCUCAAUUACUCUCACAUAAAAGCCUUUUCAGGUCAUCUGAACACGCGUGUACGAGGCCACACAGCCGACCUUCUGCGUCUGACCCUUCACUUAUUUAGCAUGGAUCGUGAAUUGUGACAAGGCUCGUCCGAUCUGUCCGCCCCCAGCCUCCUCUAUAUAUUUCUGACCCGUGUGCCGCGGGGCUGCCGAUCACGGCACUGUUGUUUAGUUACUGCUGAAUCGUCGCUCUUGCAUGUAGAUAAACUCAGUUUGCAAAUGUUACUUGUAAAGUCACAAGAGAAUAGAACCGUUUGUAGAAUAUGAUGUGUAAAUAAUAUAUUGUGGCCUGUUUAAAGUGACCUGUGUCGCAGGUUGUUGUUAGCUAAUGUGUCUUACAGUUUGGCAGAGACAGUUCUGUGAUUCUUUUAUUUUAUUUUAUCCUUUUGGUCAAAUAUUUGGAAGAUUUCUUAUCGCAGAAACAUAUCACAAAUCUCCGUCAUAUCACCUGUGCAGCGAGCGGGCUGCCGGGCCAGUCGGUGAGCGCUUCAAAUGGCGUCUGAGGCGUUGUGGGAAGCUUUUGACAGAUUGAGAUUCGCUCCCUUGCCUGUUACCUUUGAUGCUUUCAGUUUCACAGCCAGCCUCCAUAUUUCCAGUAUAGUUGAAACUGUAAUUCUGCCUUGUUCCGUGUUUACAGUGGAUUUUUAUUUUUUUUUAAACAUGUUGCUUUUUUCUGCCUUUUCUGUGAGGAUGUAAAGUGUCAAGAGCAUAGCAAUAAUGACUCUCUGUGAACGGGAAUGUGUUGUGCAUUAUCAUAUUCCAUUAUUCCCUACGUGCUGCUGGUGUCCAUAAGCUCAGUAUAGACUCGUCCUCUUUAGCUUGCUGCCAGCCCUGCGUUGCUGUACUGUGUGAUCCUUAAGUGAACUUGUCAGGUCAUUUCUGUGCUUCAGUAGCGCUCCUGUCAACAUGCUCUCGCAGUUUGUGUUGAGCCCUCAGUCUUCUAUAACUUCCUGCAUCUUUGUCGCUGACGGCGCUUUUACUCUCUGCACGGAGCGCUCUUUAUCCAAAAACAGAAGCAAUAACCCAGCUUGACUUGAUGUUUCUGGUGCUCGGAGUGAAGUCCGGGUCUUUCUUUUUUGUUUUCUUCCAUUUUUGAAAUCAGUGACUAUAACUUGAAAUACACACUGAAUCUCAGUUUGACUUCUGACUUGCCCUGAAAUAGGCUUAACUGGAUUCCAGGAAGCUUCAAUUGUUACACUUGUGCAAUAUUUUAAACAUGAAGUCAUGCUGUAGUUUCUCACACGUUUAAUCGACUUCAGUGCUGUAAAACCCACACAAAAGACUCUGUGUACCUGUGUGACUGCUGUAGCUGUAGCUCGGUGUAUAAAGGUGACUUACUGAAAAAUCUGGCUUCAGACUUCACUGCUGUUUCUACCCACAACACAAACGGGAUGCAUUCUGAAGUAGCAUGAACCUGAAAGUGUAAUAAUCUUAUUGAAAUGCCUUACAUUGCAUUGAGGAGAAAAAACCCGGUGCAUGGGCCUUAUCCAUCCAAGCAUCAGUGCACUUUUCCAAAUGCUUGUUAAAGAACUAAUUGUGUUCCCGAGCGCAGCAAAGAUAGGAUUUUUAUUCCUGUUUCAUUCAGGGAACUCAAUUUGGCGCCCACCGGUAUCAAUGUCAUUUUAAUCUGCAGGUAGAACGGCACGGCCCGAUUCGUGCCCCGCUUAUGAAUUUCAACCUGGAGGAAAUAUGAUUUUGGAUUGAUACAUUAAAUUAUUGCGUGCCAGGCUGUAGGGGUAAAAAAAAAAAGAAGAGUGGAUGGGCUUUGCUUCACUGUAGCGAAUCAUAUUCACCUGAAACUUCAUUAUGUGAUCUACUUUGCAUACUUUAUUGUGACGGGUACGUGCUCUCUUGACACUUUCCAAUAAAACGUGUGAUUUCCUUUU